AUGGCUUUCUUAAUGAAAAGCAUGUUGAGCAACCAGGUAAAGAAUUUAGGACUUGGUGGUGGAGGUGAGGAAAACAAAGAAGAAAGUGGUCCUUCCGACCCAGCUGCAGCAGCAGGAAUGACUAGAGAGGAAUAUGAGGAAUAUCAAAAGCAAAUUGUUGAGGAGAAGAUGGAGAGAGAUGCAGCCUUUACACAAAAAAAGGCAGAGAGAGCCUGUCUGAGGGUUCAUCUGAGAGAAAAGUACAGGCUUCCUAAGAGUGAAAUGGAUGAGAACCAGAUACAAAUGGCUGGUGAUGAUGUGGAUUUACCAGAAGACCUCCAGAAAAUGGUGGCAGAGGAUCAAGUAGAAGAAGAAGACAAGGAGUCUAUCCUUGGACAGUUGCAGAACAUUCAGAAUAUGGAUAUAGACUCUAUUAAAGAAAAAGCUCAAGCCACUUUCACUGAAAUAAAGCAAGCAGCUGAACAGAAAUGUUGUAUCAUGUGA